AACAACAACAACAACAACAACGACAGCCCCCUUCUCAAUUCAUUUUUCCCUCACUCCUUGAGGGAACAAAAUUCGCUACCACCUCCCCCUCACCUCAGACCUAUUCCUCCGGCCUGUCUCGUUCUCCUUAAGCUUCACCUUACUCCAACCCGCAGCGGAUAGCCUCUUGAACUACAAGUGGAGCCCCCCCCCGCCCGACGUAAAUUCGAUUUUCUGUUUCCUCUACGGGAUGGGCAAACCCGUCUUUCCCUACCCAAUCGCCUAAAACAAUUUCCCAGUCGCUGCUCGGGGAACCUCUAUUUAGGCGCGUCUCUCCUCUUCCCCCUUACAAUGACCGAAUCCUCCAUCGACACACACCUCCCGGACGUCUGGGUCGCUGUGCCUUUCGAGCUUAACGGCAAGCUUCCUGUUACUUCUCUCGACCAAGGGACCGAAACACACAAAAAACUUGGUAAGAAAUUCUUGCCAUCUCAUUGAACUCCUUCUAACACUCAUCCCUCCUCAAAGAAAAUUUCAUUCAGCUACCGAUGGAGGAGACAAAGAAACAAACGACCCCCGGCCCCACUCGUCCGAAUAAAUGUGAAACUUCCAUCAAAGAAGAUGCCUACAGGAACCCCAAGGACCCUUGCUCGGUCGACCCUUUUGAGAAAUAUGACCCGGUGCAUGACUGGUACCGUCCGGAAAUUGAACUGGCUCUGAAAAAUAGCGCGAAGAGAAGGAUCGAUGACCGCUUCAAUGCCGACAACCUUGCGCCCACCAUUCCCAAUGAUCCCGAAGUUGUGGCGGAUAAAGAGGAGCUAGAGGAACUGCAUUUCGCUUCGUUCUGCCGUGAUCAGAGGAGACCUUAUAUGUCCAAGAGCGCUCGGAACUUUUUUAGACAUAUGGGCGAUUGGAGUGGUUUUUAUCGACAAGGUAUUCACACACCUGAGCAGUGUAUUUUACAGGUCUUAUAUUAACUGUCGGAUAGAUUGCAGAGUCCUGCAUAUUAGCUUUACCUCAAGUGAAGUUGAUGUUGCCUUCAAGGCUCUAUCUAAGGAGUUCUCUCGAGACCCUUUAUCACACACUCUUGGGGACCUCUCAGCUGUUUCGGCGAAUACCUGGUUUAGUAUUCUGAGUGCUAAACUUAAGGGGCCAGGAGCCGAAACGUUUGUAAAGUUCUUGGAGACUGAGGUUGUUCCUAAAAUAAUUAUUGAGGGAAGGACUGCAAAAGAGAUACUGUUAUUUUUUCAAGACUGUGUCUACCUAGAACCCGAUGACAGCUACGUCAAUCUCAGCACGAGAUCCGUACGGGAAGCUGCCAGCCGUCUUUCUUCGUCACCACCAUUGAGAAGGCUUAGGCAGGAGAUGGGGCAUGGCUUGAGGGCUGGGAGGAGCGGCCUUGAUUCCUCUAUUAGGAAGGCUAAAGCCGCUUGUAUGGAGUAUUUGAAACCACAAGCGUACUUAACUGGUGGAAGCUCAGAUAUUAUAGACAUCUGCUGGUCACCCAAUGGAAGACGGUUUGCGCUGGGCUCCACCACGUUGAAUGAUAUCUAUAAUCGACCUGGCAAUCUCAUGCUCGGAUCUAUAGAACAGAUGGAAGUAAAGCUGCUCGACGGACAUAAGACUCAGAGGCCUAUUGAGCAGCGCAAUCCUACUUUAGACAACCAAAUGAGGUCAACUGUUACUGGUGUAGCUUUCUCAAAUGAUGGCUGCCUUCUCUAUUCAAGCGGGUACGAUGCGACUAUUAAAAUCUGGGAUACGGAAGAUGGCUUUCUCCUAGACUCGAUCGACCUUAAUGGACGGGUUGUCAAAAUGUCCCUUUCUAAACCGCACAACGUUAUCGCUGGCAGCACUCACAAUGGGUGGCUGGAAUUGUUCCGCACUGAUAGGGAUGGAGAAACACACAUUGUCAAAUUUCAGGAAAAUGAGCAGCUUUAUGCAUCAACUUUGAUUUGGGCGGAUAGGAUAAACCCAAAUUGGCUUCUAGCUGCUUAUGAUACUACGACUGAAGAUCGACCCGGUAAAGGAUUGUGCGCUGUCUAUGAUGUCUCUACUAAGAAGAAGCUUAGUACAAUCCGUCCUUCAACUGGCCGCCAUUUUGACAUGUUUCUCCAUCAAGAGGCGGGUAUUCUUGUUACUGGAGUUUCGGGUCUUGCCACAUCUCUUAUACGUAUGUACGAUGUGACCUUAUCGUCGCAAGCUGGCCGCGGUCCUCAAUUCAAUUUAACCGGCCUAGUGGAUUGUCCACAAAAGGACAUUAAUGUGGUUACUAUGUCGUAAGUUCUUCCCUCCAGGAAUUCUUCUAUCUGUUCUAAUCAAUUGCUACACUUAGUCCGUGCGCGCGCUUUAUCACUUCUAGCGGUACGGAUAGGUCGACGAUCGUGUGGGAUUCGAGAAACCUGUCGGAGCCUCUCACUCAACUCUGGCAUGGAGGUUCGUUCAAUUCCAAUCAACUCGGGAAUAUCUACUAACAUCUAUUUAGAUACUUUGAUGCCAGUAACACCUGACACUAAUCUCGAAGCGGAAGACACGGGAACUACCUUUGCACAAUGGUGUCCAUACGACGGAUACUUGUAUACUGGAGGCAGUGACGGUGUAGUGAAAGUAUGGGAUGUUAGGCGCGCCAACUCCUUGGUCCGUAAUCUCCCGGCCUUAGACGCUCAGGUAAUGUCUGGUGAGUUUUCACCAGAGUUUGAUCAACUCUUCAUUGGGUCGGCUUCUGGAAAGGCUACUCUAUUCUCCAUUGCGGCCCGCGAUGGUGAAGCGCUUACCGAAUUUUCUGCCGACAUGUCUGGUAUUAUCCCGGACAUUGAUCCCGAUGACGGAAGUGUCUUGGAACACGAUAAUGACAAUGACCAAAGCAUGGAUUGGAACAAUUCAGAAGGUGAUGAUAAUUAUUACGGGUAUCAAGACAUGGAUGGAGUUCAAGAUAUGGAUGGAGUUCAAGACAUGUAUGGGGACAUUCCCAAUGAUCACCAAUUUGAUAAUAACUCGCAUUUCGAUGAAAUGGGUGAACUUUCAUAUAGUUCGGAAACAAGGAGUAGUGGUUCCUUUCUUUAGACUCGUACGUGUAUCUAUAUCCUUAUGGCGUUUUCUGGAGAUGGUACUGGUGUUCUUAGUUGAAUUGUUUCUGGACAGAGUUUCUCCUGAUUAAUCAUUCUUUCCUUUGCAAACUCUCUGGUAGGGGGCUUAUAUCAUAUCUUGUUGCUUGUACUCCCGCACUAGGAAUUGCUCGCUGUUUAUCCUUUCCAUUGGCUCAUAGUACAGCUAGCUAUACCGAAAAUGAUACCAAUUCUUAAUACCAAAAUACGAGUUUAUAACCCCGUAUUUACUAAUUUUUUUAGCGUGUUGACAUAUGCGCUUGUGCAUAGUACAGUAUUGGCAAGGAAGAAACACAAUCUGGAGUUAUUAUUACUUCAAAUAAAGAUAUAUGGAUAGCAUACUCGUGCACCCACACGUAGAUAUCCUAAGAGCCUUUUCUUAGUCUUUCAUGGUUAGUAUUAAUGAUUUUCUAGCACAACUGAUAUUAGUAACAAUCAAGGGGAGC